GCUAACUGCCGGAAUAUCACAGGACUAAAAUUCACAACAAAAAUAUCCAGAGAAAAUAUUUAGAACGCGAUCCGUGAAUAAAAGCCAAAAGAUGGGAAAGUUCAACGAGGAGCAGAUGAAGACUCUUGUGGCGUUCAUGACAGAGAAUUCGGUGAUGCUGCAGAAGCGACACUGCAUGAAUAACUACUCACAGACUGCCCUGUGGAAGGAUCUGUCGGUGUUGCUGAAUAGCCACGGUCCGCCUUUCAAGUCUGAGGGUGACUGGAGACGCUCGUGGGCGAAGAAGAAGUUCGAGAUGAGCCGCGUGAAGAAGUGCCACAACUCUUACUAUGCUGACCUGUACAAUCUGAUUGCCAAGUCGAAUGAGAUCAACGAGUCGCGAUCAGGAUACACCUGGGAGGAAAAAGAAGAGUCAGCUGGUGAGAAUCAAGCCGGAUUGGAUCCGUUGCAGGUGAAGAAGGAAAGCAGGAAAAGCAAUCAACUGCGCUUGAAUGCAAAGCAAAGGAAACCAAAAACGGAAGUGAUGCAGAAGGAAGAGGAACCUUUUGAUUAUGCUCAAGAUAUGCAAUGGUUUGAGGAGCCGAAACAGCCAAGUUUCACUUCAGAUGUUCGCAAAAGUGUCCAGAAGAAGCGGAAGAAAUCCUGCACAUCCUGUUCGAAGCAACCCAGGCAACCCGAGCAUGCUGUGGAUCUCUUCUUCAAGAGUUUGGCGAUGGAAGUGAAGAAUGCCAAUCUCACGUCUGAGAAUCUUUUCACUCUAGAAUGGAGCGUCCUGAAGACGGUAUCGGAGAAGAUCAAGGACUUUACGCAGGAAGCUGCGAUUGAAGUGCAACCGUCAACAAAGGAAUCCUGAAUAA